AUGGAUCAAAUCCCACCGUACGAGUACAGUAAGUACGUGUUUGCGGCUCGUGCUGCUGUCAUCACUUGCUCUUCGUUUGAGCUCCUCAUGGUGCUCUUCGGAUCCCUUGGUGAUAGUAACUUCCUUGCUAAACUUCUCUACUUCAUCUUCCUUGGAGGAUCUGCUGCCAUUUCGGCGCACAAUAUUGCCCUUAAUAUUGAUGGACGUGAAGAGAUCAACAAGGUGCUCAGUUCAACUGACAAUGAAGUUCGUGGCAAAUCGGCCGCUCUUGUGCUCGUCCCAGCCGUAGCUGGAGUUUUUGUAUUCCUCUGCGUCUCUGGCCACGCCUUCUUCUCACUUUUCGUUCUUAUCCAUGUUCUUGCUUCUAUUGGACAACUCGGAAUCGAGGCUUAUGAAGUCAGCAAGGGAUCAUCUGGAGGUGCUCCAGCUCCAGUUACUCCAGUUGAAGCUCCAGCUCCACCACCAGCUCAGGAUCCAAGUGUUGCUCCACCAGCUCAAUAG